AUGAUUGUUAGAAAAUCUGUUGCAAUAUCUAAAGAAAUUGUGUGUAUUUCUCGAAAUAGUGUUAGCAAAUAUUUUCGUACCCGUGCUCACAAAUGGGUGCCAGAUCCAGAGUUUUUCUCAAAAACAGAUGCUCCGAAAGCUAUACCGAUUGAUCCUGUAAAUUGGCCAUAUCCAGAUGGAUAUCCUGAUUUGGAUCAAAAGCCACGUGUAGAAAUAAAAAAUGUACAAAUUAAUUUUGGUCCUCAGCAUCCUUCUGCUCAUGGAGCUUUACGUUUGAUAUUGGAAUUGGAAGGUGAAAUUGUCCUUAAAGUUGAUCCACAUAUUGGACUUUUACAUCGUGGUACAGAGAAAUUAAUGGAACAUAAAACGUAUUUGCAAAAUUUACCUUAUUUUGAUCGUUUGGAUUAUAUUUCAAUGAUGUGCAAUGAACAAUGUUACAGUUUAGCUGUAGAAAAGUUGUUGAACAUAGAUGUACCAAUACGUGCCAAAUACAUUAGAGUACUCUUUGGAGAAAUAACGCGAAUUUUUAGUCAUAUUAUGUCAGUUUCAACGCAAGCAAUCGAUUUAGGAGCAAUAACUCCUCUUUUCUGGUUAUUCGAAGAGCGUGAAAAAAUAAUGGAAUUUUUUGAAAGAGUUAGCGGUGCACGUAUGUUCGGAGCAUAUGUACGCCCAGGUGGUGUUGCUUUGGAUUUACCUUUGGGUUUAUUAGAUGAUAUUCAUCAAUGGGCUAGUGUUUAUUCAGAAAGACUUGACGAAGUAGAAGAUUUAUUGACAGAGAAUCGGAUUUUUAAACAACGCUUGAAGGACAUCGGUGGAAUUACAGCUAAAGAUGCAUUAAAUUUUGGAUGCAGUGGAGUUAUGUUGCGCGCAGCUGGUAUCGAAUGGGAUUUGAGAAAAGUUGCACCAUAUGAUGUUUAUGAAUUAAUUGAUUUUGAUGUACCUGUGGGUAUAAAUGGAGAUUGUUAUGAUAGAUAUUGCAUUCGGAUGCAUGAAAUGCGUCAAUCUCUUAGAAUAAUUGAUCAAUGCUUAAAUCAAAUGCCUCCUGGUGAAGUGAAUUGUGAUGAUGUGAAAAUAGUACCGCCAAGGAGGAAAGAAAUGAAAACAACUAUGGAAGCACUUAUCCAUCAUUUCAAAUUAUAUUCGGAAGGAUUUUGUGUACCACCAGGUGCUACAUACACAUCCAUAGAAGCACCAAAGGGUGAAUUUGGAGUUUAUCUUAUUAGCGAUGGUAGUAAUAAACCAUACAGAUGUAAACUUAGAAGUCCUGGCUUUCCUCAUUUGGCAGUAUUGAAAUUUAUGGGACCUGGUUAUUUGCUCUCAGACAUUCCCGCUAUUCUUGGUUCCAUAGACAUAGUAUUUGGUGACAUAGAUAGAUGAUAUUACUAA